CGUAACACGUACAUUGUAGAAUAUCGUAGUAGCAAGCUAGAUCCAGCAUGAAGAUGAAGCUACUUUGGACUACCGUUACUUUGUACAUUGUAUUGUCACUGGGUUACUGUCUGGAUAAUAUGUUAGAGAGUGAAGCUACACUCACGAUUAAUACACCAUCGUCGCGAGUCUUUGUCUGUGUUUGUUCCGACGCCGCUGAAUGUGCUGCAGACAACUGGAGCGCUCUCCUGACAGAGUGUCGACUGAAGGCGGAACACGUCACUUACGAGGCGCCACCAGCAACAUCGGCAUCAGGCGUGAGCAGCUGUGUCGGACUUCCGGACGGUGACUACGCAUCGAGUACAGGAUGUAAGGAUUUUGUCACUUGUUCUUUCGGAAGGAUCUUUAUUCGCUCCUGCGCAAAAAGCACAGGCUGGGACGACAUAAUCAAGACAUGCGUAUUUCUUCCCACCCCUACAUGUGCCUAGAACCGAUUCCGGGGUAGAAUUAGGCGUGUUAACAACCAAAACAUUCUGACAAAUGAAUACUUUCAAACAUCCUAUUUGAGGCAAUUUGUUGGGCAGGACGUCCGCUUCAUUGCACGAUGCAAGGAAUCAAUCUGAUGAAACCUGAAACUGCCAUGCGUAUUACUCAGUGGAAAACAGAGUCCCAGAAUCAGAAAGAAACAUACCGACAGUAUUUUGUAAUUUGAGUGAGUGAGUGAGUGAGUUGGGUUUAACGCCGCUUUUAACAGUAUUCCAGUUAUAUCACAGC